CAGGACCCAGUACAUUCUACCCUGGGCUCUUUCCUGCAGACUGCCCACUAGCAUAUGAUCCGUAUCCGAGACCCUAACCAGGAUGGCAAGGAUAUCACAGAGGAGAUCAUGUCAGGAGUAGGCAUUAGCCAGAACACAAGCCCACCAGUGGGACGUCCCUGCACUACCCCUACUGCUCCACAGCUGAACAGCCAGGUAGCAGAGCAGGGGAAUGUCAAUGUCGGCCUGGCCCUGGAGGCCCACUGUCCGGCGAAGGCUGCAAGUCCAGCAGCCGGAGAGGCGGUUGCCUCAGGCACGCUGACGCCCUCGUUGCCUUCCAGCACUGCUGCUCCUUCAGGCCUCACUCUCCCAGGCCAGGCUGUUAUAGAGGCAGUCCAGGCCUGUGGAGCCUCCACUGGGGCAGAGCUGAAAGAGACUGGGAAGGAGCCAGAGGUCUUGCUGGAGGAUAAAGUGGAGCCCAUUUUACAGUCCAAUCUUAGGCAAAGCUUGAGUCAAGAGCCAGAGCUGAAGGAUGGGAAGAGGCAGUAUGAUAGAGACUUCCUGUUGGCCUUCCAGUUCAUGCCUGCCUGCAUGCAGAAGCCAGAGGGGCUUCCUCCCAUCUCUGAUGUGGUACUGGACAAGAUCAAACAAAACAAGCUGCCCCUGCAGCAGGUGGGCCCUCGCAUUAUCGCCAGAGACCCAGGCUUCAACCCAGCCUCUGCAGACUUCAGCAGGGCAAUUCCUGGAGGCAGGGGUGCACCGCUGCUCAGUGUAGGCCCGAGACGGCUGCCUCCCCGCAAGAUCAUUACCAACGUGUCCGUGAAUGACGAGGUGCAGCUGAAGAAGGCUGAGAAUGCCUGGAAACCUGGCAGGAAAAGGGAGAACACCCAGAACCCCGAGACCCAGAAAACUCAGGAGCUUUUCCAGAAGGUGCGCAGUAUCCUGAACAAACUGACACCGCAGAUGUUUAACCAGCUGAUGAAGCAGGUGAUGGACCUCACCAUCGACACAGAGGAGCGCCUCAAAGGCGUGGUUGAUCUGGUUUUUGAAAAAGCCAUCGAUGAGCCCAGCUUCUCUAUGGUCUAUGGCAAUAUGUGCAGCUGCCUGGCUAUGUUAAAAGUGCCCAUGGCAGACAAGCCCACCAGCACUGUGGGUUUCCAAAAGCUGCUGCUGAACCGCUGUCAGAAGGAGUUUGAGAAGGACAAGGUCAACGAUGAUGUUUUGGAGAAGCUGCGGCACCAGCUGGAAGCGGCCACUUCAGCCAGCGAGCGGGAGAGGCUGGAGGAGGAUCUGGAGGAGGCGAAGGACAAGGCCCACAGGAGGUCCAUCGGUAACAUCAAGUUCAUCGGGGAGCUGUUCAAGCUGCACAUGCUGUCAGAGGCCAUCAUGCACGACUGUGUGGUCAAGCUGUUCAUGAACCACAGCGAGGAGAGCCUGGAGCGUCUGUGCCACCUCCUCACAGCCAUCGGCAAAGACCUGGACUUGGAGAAGGCCAGGCCAAAAAUGGAUCAUUACUUUAAAUAUAUAGAAAAGACAGUGAAGGAGAGGAGGGGUUCCUCACGCAUUCGGUUCCUGCUCCAGGACGUCAUCGACCUGCGACUGAAUAACUGGGUGUCGCGGCGAGCUGACCACGGGCCCAAGACCAUUGAGCAGAUUCAUAAGGAGGCCAAACUUGAGGAGCAGGAGGAGCAGAGGAAGGUGCACCAGCAGCUGCUGUCCAAGCACAACAAGAGGCAAAGGUGUGGCCCUCAAUUCCGUGACAGCCUUUUUCACCUGGCUGUGUGAGGCCGAGGACAAGUCCAAGGACAAUCGACAAGGAGGAUGGACACAUUUGCCAACGUGUGCUAAAAGACAAUGCAAUAAUUCAAAAAAAAUAAUAAA